AUGGGUCAGCGUUUGUUGUUGGUUAAAAGUGCUCUUGAAAAAACUGUUUUGGAUCUUAAUUGGAAGGCUUUUAGGAAGACAAACUUAGAGGCAAAAGCUGAUCAUGUGAAAGAGUGUGUUAUUUCCGAUCGUUGGUGGGAUAAAUUAGAAUAUUUUGUAGCUUUCACAUCUCCAAUAUACAACAUGAUUAGGCUUGCUGACACGGGCACUCCUUGCUUGCAUCUUGUUUACGACAUGUGGGAUUCAAUGAUAGAAGAAGUGAGGGAAAAAAUUUUCAAUGAGGAAGGAAAAGAUCCAAAAAAUGAUGAAUCUGAAUUUUUUAAUGAUGUGCAAUAUGUUUUAGAAAAUCGGUGGAACAAGAGCAACACCCCUCUACAUUGCAUGGCUCAUUCUCUCGUUCCUAAAUACUAUAGUGAUGCAUGGUUAAAUAGUGGCAGUGGUGUAAUUGCUCGAGUUGCACCAAAUGAGGAUCGUGAGGUUUCACUAAACAGGGCAAAAUGUUUUAAAAAAAUGUUUCCAAAGCAAGAUGAUUUAAGAAAGAUAAAUGCUAAGUAUGGGAAGUUUUCGGGAGCUUUGGGAUUUUUUUCGGAACCUCAUGUACUUGAAGGAAGAGUUCACCAAGAGCCUCUUAUUUGGUGGGCUAACUAUGGUUCGGAAACUCCAAUGUUGCAAAGCUUGGCUAUGAAACUCCUUUCACAACCGGCAUCUUCCUCUUGUUGUGAAAGAAAUUGGAGCUCUUUUUCUAACAUUCAAAGUGUUAAGCGGAACAAAUUGGCCUCUAAGAGAACCGAGGAUCUUGUGUUUGUGCAUAACAAUUUAAGGCUGCUAUCUCGUAAGAGUGAGGAGUGCACCAAAGGACCAUCCAAGUACUGGGAUGUUGGAAAUAUUCUAAAUCUUACAUAUUUUUUAAAUAUUAAAUCUGAUGGAGAUUCCAUUCAUGUCGAUGAUGAUUAUGUUGAGGCAUUUGCAAAUAUUAUUAUUGAUGAUCCCGAUGUUGAAGGGAGGAUAUUCAGCGGAAAUGGUGAAGAAGGUCGCGAAACAGAGGAGUAA